CAAAACUCCAAUCACUAUGGAUUAAGAAAUUAGAUACAUAUACCUGUUCAAGAGGUAAGUAUCAACUACAAAAUGAAUUUCAAGAAGUUGGCCGUAUCCGUCACGUGAUUUUUUUUCUCUGCUUCUGAGAGUCGAUUUCUGAGCAAGAAAUUAAACAAUCGAUCUAAGUGUCUUAGGACUGGAAUAGAGAGCUUUGGGUGAUGGUGUAGAUAGGGCAAGCAAGAUGAAUCUGGUGUUUUUAUUUAUCAUUGCAAGUUCUGUCAAGGUUUCUUGGGAGUGUAGACAACCACAGCAGUUCCUGUCCAGAGAGCUACCGGAGAGAUCCCGAGAUCUGUUACGUCACGUUAAACACGUGACCAAUGUCGCCAAUAUUACCUCAACGCUUGAUAUCGUUCUAAAUCCGCGGAAAUAUGACAAAAGACUAAGGCCAGGCUUUAAGGAGAAACCAGUGGUUAUUUAUACAGAUAUACUUCUGAGAUCAAUGGGACCGAUCUCUGAGAAAGACAUGGUCUAUUCCAUCGAGAUAUACUUCCGCCAGAGAUGGAUGGAUACAAGACUGGCCACCAAUAUGUCUAUAGAGAACAUCUCUCUGAACAUCAAAGUACUGGAUAGACUCUGGCAUCCCGACACAGUCUUCUACAAUGGCAGACAGUCUUAUCUUCACUUUGUCCCAACCCCAAACAGAUUUAUACGAAUAAGUCCUAAUGGUUCUAUGUAUUUAUCACAAAGACUGACUGUUAGAGCAGUUUGUCAAAUGGAGCUUCAGAAUUACCCUCUAGACUCCCAGAUCUGUGAACUCAAGAUCGGCAGCUUCGCCUACACAACAGAAGAGGUCAUGUACGUUUGGCGUUACGGUCCAUUGAACUCUGUCCAGCUGUCCAAUGAUAUGACAAUGUCUCAAUUUGACCUCAUCAAUUACUCUGCCACUUACACUAACGUUUCCAGAAAAGGAGCCAUUCAUUCCUGUCUGACGGUCCGCUUUGGUCUCAGGAGACACACGGGGUAUUUUCUGAUACACGUUGUUAUUCCGUGCUCAUUACUAGUGGUUCUGUCUUGGGUCUCUUUCUGGAUUAAUAGGGAGGCCACAGCAGAUAGAAUUGCUCUUGGCACAACCACAGUUUUAACUAUGACCUUCCUUGCCCUUGAUACCCGAGAUGAACUCCCUCGAGUUUCCUAUGCCACUGCACUUGACCUCUACGUCUCCAUGUGUUUUAUCUUCGUCCUCUCGACGCUCGUGCAGUUUGCCAUCGUUCACCUUUUCACCAAGAGAGGUCAUAGUGAUACGCAUCCCCAUCCCAAAAUAGACAGCUCGGACGAGGAACAUGCACCUACUCACAGAAAUCUUCGUCCCAGGACUACCAAAAGGAUAGCGUGUAGUGAGCAGAGUAUUCAGAAGAACCGAGUAUUCGUGUCCAGAGUGGAGAGUCAGAUGAAAGUCUGGUUCUCCAGCUUAAAGAUAAGAGGUCAUCGUGUCAGAGGUCAAGGUCGAGAUGUCCAGGCUAACAGUGUGAGCCAAAUUGACAAGGUGUGUCGAUUUGUUUUUCCAAUAACAUUUGUAAUAUUAAAUAUAGGAUACUGGUCAUUUUACUUGACUAGAAAUGAAUUUAAAAGCAUGUAAAAUACUUGGCUUUUCAAGUAAAUCUGCACAAAUUUGCAAUCUGAGGUGAAUAUUUGCCUUGACUGAUAUUGAUAAAUAGUAAAUAAUACAAAUAAAAGAAAUAUGAUUUCAUUUUUUA